AAAUCUCUGUCAUUGCAUCAGGCAUCAACAUGCUCCAUGUUAGUGGAAUAUCCGGCUUGUGUUUCAGUUUAGCUUGAUUUUAUGCGUUCGUUUGUAUUUGUCGCUGCUGGAUUGAUCAAAUAUAGAGGAUCUCACUGUUCAGCGGUCGCUGGUCGACUCGGAACCGAAAUGUGUAAAGAACCGAAGACUAAACUGCUCCGCUUGUACCCGCCAACCUCCAACGGGCCGACGGUUCAUCAAGAGACCCAAACAGAUGACUCUGAAAUCCUGAGCUGCACAGUGAAAGCUCUGAAAGACGGUCACAUUGUUGCAGUGCCGACAGACACUAUCUACGGUCUGGCGUGUUUGGCCCAAAACUCUGAGGCUGUCAAAAAAAUCUACGAAGUGAAAGAACGGAAUGGACAGAAGCCGCUGGCGAUCUGUGUUGGAGAAAUUCGGGAUAUCUAUCAGUACUGUAAGGUGAAGGUGAAAGAGGAUCUUCUAGGUGAUUUACUGCCUGGUCCCGUCACUCUUGUGUUUGAAAGAUCUGAAAAGCUGAAUACAAAUCUCAAUCCUUUUACUUCACUUGUAGGCGUUCGUAUUCCUGAUCAUGCCUUUAUGAGGCGCCUCUGCCAGAUGUGUGGGGAACCAUUGGCACUGACAAGUGCCAACAUCAGCUCAAAUACCAGCACAGUGGAAGCACAUGAGUUUCAGGAGCUCUGGUCAAAACUAGCUGUGGUGGUGGAUGGAGGACCAAUAGGAGACCAGACCCGGCAGGGGUCAACUGUGAUUGAUCUGUCAAUACUAGAUAAAUACAGAGUCAUCAGACCAGGCUGUGCCCUUUCUGCCACGCUUGACGUGUUGGAGCACAAAUACGGACUGUCAGAGAACUCAAAGGAGGAAUGACCUUUAAACCCUUCGCACUCCAAACCCACGCUAAGACGCACAACCUGUUCUGACCCAAAGGUACUCAGGAAAGUAAGAAUGUAAGAGCUGGACGUUCCCAUGGAAAACAAAACAUGUAGGGAAAACCUAAGUCUGUCAUCACAGAUGGUGGCUCUCUUAAACUGAGAGUUGCUUUUUCUUUUUGUAAUUUUUUUAUUUUUUAUUAUUAUUAUUAUUAUUUUUUUUUGCUUAACCUCUGAUCAUGAUGUGGUGUAGAGGUUCAACAUGUCUCUUUAUUCAGGAAUUCAAUAAAUGAAGUAAGCUGAAUCUUCUGUAAUAUUUUUCCUCUUUAAAUCUCUUCAUGUUGUGAAAGUUUUUACUGUGUGCCUAAAUUAUCCUUUGUAGCACAGUGAAAGGAUUAGACUUCAAUAAAUUGUGUUUUAUUGUAACUCAGCCACAGAUAUUUUAUACCUGACAGUUUCAAAUUCGCUCUAUGGUUAUUAAUUUUAAUAAUCUAUUAGAUGCUGUUCCAGUUCCUCUUUUUUGUACCAAUUGUUGUUCCAUUUGUCUACUUUCAUCCUAAAUUGGACCUGGGUGUUUUUUGUAUCUUAAUUUCAUCGUCUGUUUAAUAUAUUACUAUAAUAAAAGCUUUAUUUAUCUUUUAACUAUAUAUUAAAAACUUUAUAAGCCUUUAAAAUUAUUUUUGCAAACAUUUUAAAGAUUAUAUAAAGUACAUAUUUCUCGACGAAUAUUCAUGGACAAUAAAAUCACAUAACGUAUGGAUUUCACACACAAAAAAUUAUUCCAGUGUUGUUUACGUUUUUUGUUAACGUCAAAUGAAACAAGCAGGAUUAUUAAUUUUGAUUUCCGAAAGAUUAAUGUAUUUUGUGCCAAAGUUAAACUCCUACUACAGACUGUGAGCCUGACGUGGACAGUGAUGACUAUGUUCAUCUUUCUAACUUUUAAUUGUUAUAAAUUGGUUCAUAUUCCAGGUCUGAAUUAUAUAUAUAUAUAGAAUUUGUUGAAUUUUGUUUGAAUGCAGUCUUAGUUCAUACCAGUUUACCCAACCUAAAACUUGAGUUUAAACAGAACACAUAACUCUUAAAGCAGUCACGUGGUAUCUUUGGAUACUUUGUGUGUGUGACAUAACGCAAAAAUGCAACUACUGUUGUGCUAUUGCUUUAAAAUAUCCAUGCUAAUCCUGGUAUUUAGUGAAAUCGUUCCUGUUAUAAAAUAUGUCAGAGGCAAUAAUUUGCUGUACGCCAAGUAUUCGCCAAUUAUCUUUUUAUUGAUGACUAAUAAAUUGCUUGAAAAUCA